AUGACUGGGUUGGUGCGAAGGUUGCUUCGGAGGGAGCUAUUUUCCUCCGUUUUGCUGCAAAGAAAUGCGUCAAUAAGUCAUGCCAGUUACUCUAAUGAUAGAGAAGCGAAGGAGGAACCAGAAAAUACAACACAUUUUGGCUUUGAAACUGUGACGGAAGAAGAAAAGGAGCAAAAAGUUUAUGACGUCUUUGAAAAUGUCUCUGAGAAAUAUGACCUGAUGAAUGAUGCAAUGAGUGCUGGUGUGCACAGACUCUGGAAGGAUUACUUUAUAAGCAGAUUGGCACCGCUGCCUGGAACCAAACUUUUGGAUGUGGCAGGAGGAACAGGUGACAUUGCUUUCAGAUUCUUGCAAUAUGCAAAAAGUGGUGAACUUGAGGAAUCCAAAGAAGAUUUUGAUGUGAAGUCGGAUGUUCUUGAUAAAUCUGGCAGAGCUGAAGGCGUUGAUGGUGCAUCCAACCCUGAAGCCGAUGAUGGGACGACCCAUGUGACUGUUUGUGAUAUCAAUCAAGCCAUGUUAGAUGUUGGCAAACGGAAGGCAGAUAUGUUAGGACAGAGGGAAGGUGUGACGUGGAUUCGAGGCAAUGCUGAACAUCUGCCAAUGCCUGAUGAUACUUAUGAUGCGUACACAAUAGCUUUUGGAAUCAGAAACUGUACACAUAUAGAAAAGGUGCUGGAAGAGGCGUACAGGGUGCUAAAACCAGGAGGACGAUUCAUGUGCUUAGAAUUCAGUCAUGUGCCAAAUCCACUCAUAAAGAGCCUGUAUGAUUUAUAUUCGUUUCAAGUAAUUCCUGUGAUGGGACAGGUAUUAGCUGCUGACUGGAAAUCAUAUCAAUAUUUGGUCGAGAGUAUAAGGAAAUUUCCUGAUCAGCAAGAGUUUUCCUACAUGAUUGAAGACGCAGGGUUCAGUGUGGUGAAGCAUGAAAAUCUUUCAUUUGGAGUAGCAGCAAUACAUUCAGGAUUCAAGUUAUGAUACAGGGUUAAAGUGACAGUACAAUGACAUAUCGUGUGGCAAAGCUGAGGCCAGACAAGUUUGUUUUCACACAUGGUUUUGAUGAACUAUGUGUGCAUGAACAUGUAAGGAUUAACCUGCAUACUGAUCAAUCCUAGUUGAGACUUUUUGACAGUGAUGCAAUAGAAUCGGGGGCAAGAUUGAAGAGGACACUGCACUUACUUAGUUGCUCUAGCAAAUGCAACAACGUCAUGGUAAAUCGUGUAUCAUAGAUCCCGGACAUCAUCUUGUCAUGAUGAACACUCCUGAUGCCACUGAGAGGAUUACCAGUGGAGGUGUCGCUCUUGAAGCAUUCGCAGUUGAAACAUUUCAUUAAUUUGGGUAUCGCUCUCUAAAUGAGGAGGAACACGGACUGACACAAUUGAUUAUUCUGAACUUUGAUAUCACAAGUGUUUAUUUGCGUGUAUGAAAUAAAAGUUGGUUUUCUUAGUCG